GUUGGUACCUACUUGCCUCUUUUGAGAUGUUUGGUCACUGUUUUAUGAGAUGUGAUAUGCCUGCUUCACGGGCGUCUGGGGUACAUGUCUGCCGUGACGAUCCGGCUUAGGGGCUGUUAGGAUUGGGUUCAGAAGGGGAAACGUGCCAGGACGUCCCUUAACCAACCCCUGGGAAAAUCAUCGAGGAGGGGUUUUCAGGGCUUAAGUCCAGGACCCCUUAUGUCGUAAUGCUGCCUAUUAAUGUCUAUCCGAAAAGCGCUUUUUACAGAGCCAAUAUUCUUACAUGCCUACUCACGAUCCUUUCCACAAGCUCGCAUUCGGUUUUACGACGGCUGGGAUCUGGGCGGGACAUAAUUAUAGUUCCUCCGAUCUUCACAAAUGAGGAAGAUAAAGGCCCGGAUACCUUGGGGGGUAAGGAUUUGCUGGCUUUCCAGGCAAUUAAUCUCUUGUCAGAUUUGUGUUCGAGAAGGGGAAAAAAAAAGGACGCAGUUUUUGCCGGAGGCUCGUGAAGGAUUGAUCGACACAGGCUGACAGGAGGCGCUGCUCAUCUCAACAAGUAAAACUGGGUACACACAAAUCCGAUUUAUCCAGGCGGAGUUGCUGGGACGUAACUCUGUACAUAAGACCCUCCUUA